UUAAAGCGGAAGAAACCACCACCCAGCACCUGAAUCCUCUUAAACUGUUACACUGUUUAGAGCGAGUCAUGUCGAAAGACUCCAUGAUUGUUGCUGAUGGGGGAGACUUUGUUGGAACAGCAGCUUACAUUCUGAGACCAAGAGAACCAUUAACCUGGCUGGAUCCUGGAGCAUUUGGAACCUUAGGGGUGGGGGGUGGUUUUGCCCUUGGAGCCAAGCUCUGUCGCCCUGACAGUGAUGUGUGGAUUAUAUAUGGGGAUGGUUCCCUUGGAUACAGUGUUGCUGAAUUUGAUACAUUUACAAGACAUAAGACUCCAGUCAUUGCGUUGGUUGGUAAUGAUGCGUGUUGGUCCCAGAUCGCUAGAGAACAGGUGCCUUUGUUUGGUUCAAGCGUAGCAUGUGACUUAGAGUUCACAGACUACGAUAAAGUUGCAGAAGGAUAUGGAGGUGUUGGACUUAAGCUAGACCAAUCUUCAGAUGAAGAUAUAGAGGCGACAUUAGAGAAGGCCAUGGAUCUUUCUAGUAAAGGGAAAGCAGUGUUAAUCAAUGCCCUUAUUGCUAAGUCUAAUUUUAGGGAAGGUUCGAUAUCAGUGUAAUGGUCAAAGUGGAUGUCGAGUUGGUUUUCUUGAGCGUAACGCGUAGCAACUGUCUUUGAUUAUCCUAGUAAGACCUCUUUGCCUUGGGUCUAAUGGUUUGCCCAUUUCAGACCAUGUGUAUCAUGUGACCAUGUGACCAUGUGUAUCAUGUGACCAUGUGUAUCAUGUGAC